UGAUUAUUUUUUUUUGUCUAUUCCGUUUUACUCCGCCGCUUCGUGUUGGUUGCCGUUUGGCCGUGCGCGUCUCGUCGGCAACAGAGUGUAGUAGUUUUUCUCUCUCUCUCUUCUCGCUUCUCGGCUUGCUUUACUAUUUCUCUGCUUCUCUAGUUCUCUGCCGAGCUCCGAGAGUUCAGUAGUUGUGUUUUUGGCGUUAGAAGAACUUCAUAAAUAAUUUUUAAUCUAAUAUUUUAACAAACACAAAAUCAGUUUUUUUUUGCUCGAUCGCGUGCCCCGUCCGUGUGAGUUCGUAUUUGUUUGUUUGUGUUCGUGUUUGUGUGCUGUGUGAAACAGCUGUGCGCGAAAGAGCACACCAAACAACAAAAAAAUAAUCCAUAACCAGAGUGCAAAAGUCCUAAGAAUAGAGCACCCUUCCGCCCUCCUCCUCCCCAGUCUUUCAACCUUUUUAGUGAAUGGAAUGUCGUAGAAUUUUCGCCGCUAGGGCCGUCAAUGACGACGCAGAUAGCAGGAGUGCAACUGGAUAACUGUGAAACUGCAAGGAGAUACAAAAGAAAAAAACCUUGCCCGUAACACCUCGCCCCAAACAUGAUAGAUGCUAGACUUGAACAAUUUUCAGAGUAAAAAGAGAGGACACAACCCUAUAGCCCUCUGGGUUCUUAAAUCACACUAAAAAAGGUUUCAGAGAGCUCUACCUGAUUUUAAACGAUUUUAAUGCUGGGAUAAACCAAAAACCACAAACAAAAAAACAAAUCCAAGAGAGACAAAAGACCAUCAAGCAGCGAUGGCAAAGGUCACCAACUGGGACAAGUUCGUCCUUCUGCUGUGGAAGAACUGGACGCUACAAUGGAGCCACAAGUGGCAGAUGGUCAUCGAAUUGGUGCUCCCGGCGAUCUUCUCCCUGCUGCUGGUCCUCGUCCGCACUCUGGUCGACACCGAACCGAUGCCUGACCGGCUGUACCAACAGCAGAACAUCUCCAAUCUGGAUCUGCUGAAACAUACGUUGCAUAGUUCGUCCUACUUUGGCAAACUCCUAGAGCUGAUUGCACCCAACCGAAGGAGCAACACCGACACGAGUCUGAAACCUUUCCUCUUCAAACUGUACUACUCGCCGUACAAUCCCGUGCUGGACAAGCUCGUCAACGAGACCUGCAGGCUACUGCAGCUACAGAGCUACCACUCAUCGGUGGAUGCGGCCACAUUGCAGUCGGAUCUGGUGGCGGAGCGAGCCUUUGCGGGCAUACAAUUCAGCGAUGAUUGGUCGACGAUUGGUAUCAACGACUCCCUGCCGGAUGACUUCAGCUUCGCCCUGAGAUUCCCCUCGGAGCUGCGAACGGCCACGAUAGCGAUAGCCAACACGUGGCUGACAAUGCGGCUCUUUCCCAGCAUUGAUUUGACGGGGCCGAGGAAUGAGCCGGAGGAAGACGGUGGCAUACCGGUGGGAUAUCUGCGAGAGGGCUUCCUGCCGCUGCAGCAUGUCCUGUCGAUGAGCUAUCUGCGACAGAAGGCCGAGGUGCUGUCGGAGAAUGUGACCCUGCCGGAGGUGUGGAUGCAGCGAUACCCGUUUCCGGCCUACAUCUUUGAUCCCCUGCUGGAGGGCAUGUCUUCGAUAAUGUCGCUGAUUAUCCUCCUCAGCUUCAUCUAUCCGUGCACGUACAUCACAAAGUACAUCACCGCCGAGAAGGAGAAGCAGCUCAAGGAGGUAAUGAAGAUCAUGGGCCUCAGCAAUUGGCUGCACUGGACCGCCUGGUUCGUCAAGUCCUUCAUCAUGCUGACCAUCUCGGCGAUUCUCAUUGCCAUACUCGUGAAGAUCAACUGGAGCGAAGGCGUUGCCGUCCUGACCCACGCAAAUUUCACCGCCCUGGUGUUCUUUCUGAUCGUCUACGUCGUCGCGAGCAUCUGCUUUUGCUUCAUGAUGGCCACGUUCUUCUCCAAGGCCAGCACUGCCGCGGCUGUGACGGGUCUGAUCUGGUUCAUUGCCUACAUCCCAUUCUCCUUUACAAUCAACACGUACGACGAUCUCAGUCUCGGGACGAAGCUGGGCUGGAGCCUGAUCUCCAACACGGCCAUGGGCUUUGGCAUUAAGCUGAUCCUUGGAUUCGAGGGCACCGGCGAGGGUCUCCAGUGGAGCAAUCUCUUCACCCCCGUGUCCGUUGACGAUACCCUGACGGUAGGGGCUGUGAUGCUGAUGAUGCUCGCCUCCUGCUUCAUUUGCAUGACCAUCUGUCUGUAUGUGGAGCAGAUAAUGCCAGGGAGCUUUGGUGUCCCGAAGCCAUGGAAUUUCCCCUUUACUAUGGAGUUUUGGUGCGGCGAGAGGGAGUAUAUGGGUGUCGAAGAUAUGCCCGUCAAUGGGGGGCUGGAGGAGAACCGCGAUCCGAAUGCCUUUGAAAGGGAACCGGAGGGCAAACACAUCGGUGUACAGAUGCGGCAUCUGAAGAAGAAAUUCGCGGACAAAAUGGUCGUCAAGGGUGUGUCGAUGAACAUGUUCGAGGAUGAGAUCACAGUGCUACUCGGACACAACGGCGCUGGCAAGACCACGACCAUAUCGAUGCUCACGGGCAUGUUUCCGCCGACCAGUGGCACGGCUAUACUCAAUGGCAGCGACAUACGCACCAAUAUCGAGGGGGCGCGCAUGUCCCUUGGCAUCUGUCCGCAGCACAAUGUCCUCUUCGACGAGAUGAGUGUCGCGAAUCACAUACGCUUCUUCAGCCGCAUGAAGGGGCUGCGGGGCAAGGCCGUCGAGCAUGAGGUAAACAAGUACCUGAAGAUGAUCGAGCUGGAGGACAAGGCGAAUGUGGCCUCCUCGAAGCUAUCGGGCGGCAUGAAGCGAAAGCUCUCUGUGUGCUGUGCCCUGUGCGGCGACACCAAGGUGGUGCUGUGCGACGAGCCCAGCUCUGGCAUGGAUCCGUCCGCUCGCCGACAGCUGUGGGAUCUGCUGCAGCAGGAGAAGAUCGGUCGGACACUGCUCCUGACGACACACUUUAUGGACGAGGCGGAUGUGCUCGGCGAUCGCAUAGCCAUCAUGUGCGAUGGCGAGCUCAAAUGUCAUGGCACAUCGUUCUUUUUGAAGAAGAAAUACGGCUCGGGCUAUCGAUUGAUCUGCGUGAAGCGUGACAACUGCGAGACGAACGAGGUGACGGCCUUGCUGCAGAAGUACGUGCCUGGCCUGAAACCCGAGUGCGAUAUUGGAGCGGAGCUCUCGUACCAAUUGCCGGAUAACUAUUCCUCGAAAUUUGAGGAGAUGUUCGGGCAGCUGGAGGAGCAAUCGGAUGAGCUGCAUCUGAAUGGCUAUGGCGUGGGCAUCACCUCCAUGGAGGAGGUCUUCAUGAAGGUCGGUGCCGAGAAGGAUGGCGCCGGCAAUCUGAAGGAUGCCAGCGAAAUAAUGAACGGCGGCACUGGCUAUAGCAAGGAGGACAACAACCACCACGACAACGAAUCGAUACAGUCCGAUGGCAUCUUCUCCGAGAAUCGUCGCCUGCUUCAAGGAAUGAAGCUCCUUUCGAAUCAAUGGAAAGCCAUGUUCCUCAAGAAGAUCUUGUACACGUGGCGCAACAAGCUGCUGCUCCUCAUCCAGAACUUAAUGCCCAUUUUCUUUGUGGUUGUCACGAUCCUCAUCAUCGAAACGCAGGGCACCUUCAUGGAACUGAAGCCCAUCACCAUGUCCCUCACACAGUAUCCUUUGGCUGUGACAGUACUGGAGCGCCAGGAUUUCAGGAAUGGCUCACUGGGCGACCGCAUAGCCACACAGUAUGCCGCCUUGGCCCAGUCCUAUGGCUCAGAUUAUGAGCUGCAAGAGACGCCCGCAGAGAAAUCCUUCACGGACUACAUCCUGGAGCUGGGCAGGACGAUACAGGUGCGGAUCAAUUCGCGUUACCUCACAGCGGCCACUGUCAACGAGACGCAUAUUGUGGCCUGGCUGAACAACCAGCCAAUGCAUACGGCGCCCCUCACCGUCAAUCUGGCCCACAAUGCCAUUGGCAUGGCCCUCAAUCCAAAGAUCAGGAUAUCCGUGACGAAUGCCCCACUUCCGUACACCACCGACACGAUCCUCACGCAGCUCUCGACGGGCAAUAAUCUGGGCACCCAAUUGGCCAUCAAUUUGUGCUUCUGCAUGUGCUUCGUCAGCUCCAUUUAUAUCCUGUUCAUGAUCAAGGAGCGCGAAUCGCGGGCCAAGCUCCUCCAGUUCGUGGGCGGAGUCAAGGUGUGGACCUUCUGGCUGUCGCAAUUCAUUUGCGACUUUGCCACCUACAUCUUUACAGCGUUCAUUAUGAUCCUCACGAUACUGUGCUUCCAAGAGGCGGGUCUCUCGUCCUUCGGGGAGCUGGCACGUUACUUCCUGCUGCUGCUGCUCUUUGGCUUCUCGGCGCUGCCGUUCAUCUACAUCAUGUCGCUCUUCUUUAAGGAGCCCGCCACCGGGUUUGCCCGCGUCUCCAUCGUCAAUAUCUUCUGCGGAAUGGCUCUGUUUAUUGUCGUUGUGGUUAUGUCCUCGGAUUUCUUCGAUACCAAGGACACCGCAGACGUUCUGGGCUGGGUUUUCCGCAUCUUUCCACACUUUUCGCUGGCCAUGGGCCUCAACAAGGUGUACAUCAAUACGGCCACAAGGAAUGCCUGCGAGAAGCUGGGCCUGCCACCCGUACUGCUCUGCGAAAUGCUACCCAAAUGUUGCAAUAUGAAGCCAUGGUUUGCUUGGGCGGAGCCUGGCGUCGGCCCCGAAACCACCUACAUGAUCACAACGGGCGUUGUUUUUUUCCUCAUCAUCAUCGUCCUGGAAUUCAGAAUCAUCGGCGAGCUCAUCUACAAGAUACGCCAAGCGUUAAGUAAGCCACCACCGCCACCCGUGGAGGGUUAUCUGGAUGACGAUGUGGCCCAGGAGCGGGAGCGCAUUUUCAAUAUGAGUACCCCCGAAUUGGCCGCCAAGAAUCUGGUGUUGGAUCGUGUGACCAAAUAUUAUGGCAACUUUUUGGCCGUCAAUCAAGUGUCGCUCUGCGUGCAGGAGGUCGAGUGCUUCGGACUGUUGGGCGUGAAUGGAGCGGGCAAGACGACCACCUUCAAGAUGAUGACUGGCGACGAGCGCAUCAGCUCGGGGGCGGCCUAUGUGCAGGGCUUGAGCCUGGAAUCGGACAUGAAUAGCAUCUACAAGAUGAUCGGCUACUGUCCGCAGUUCGACGCCCUGCUGGACGAUCUGACGGGGCGCGAGGUGCUGCGCAUUUUCUGCCUGUUGCGUGGCGUCCAGGAGGGACGGAUCAAGCAGCUGUCGGAGGAUCUGGCGAAGUCGUUUGGCUUCAUGAAGCACAUAGAUAAGCGAACGGCCGCCUACAGCGGUGGCAACAAGCGGAAGCUGAGCACCGCCAUAGCCGUCAUUGGCAGCCCCUCGGUGGUGUACCUGGAUGAGCCGACAACGGGAAUGGAUCCGGCGGCACGUCGCCAGCUGUGGAACAUGGUCUGUCGCAUCCGUGACUCGGGCAAAUCGAUUGUCCUCACCUCCCACAGCAUGGAGGAGUGCGAGGCUCUAUGCACGCGUCUGGCCAUCAUGGUCAAUGGCGAGUUCAAGUGCAUUGGCAGCACGCAGCAUCUAAAGAACAAGUUCUCCAAGGGACUGAUCCUGAAGAUCAAGGUGCGACGGAAUCUGGAGGCACUGCGACAGAUGCGGCACAGCAGCAGCUUCGCAGCGGGCACAAGGAAUGCCGAUGAGCAGACGGUGCCCGAGCAGAUGGCACAGCAGAGCAUCAACCAAGUGAAGGAGUUUGUGGAGCGCGAAUUUCCACAUUCCAUAUUGCAAGAGGAAUAUCAGGGCAUUUUAACAUUCUACAUUCCAUUGACGGGCGUCAAAUGGUCGCGUAUCUUUGGCCUAAUGGAGAGCAAUCGCGAGGAGUUGAAUGUCGAAGACUAUUCGGUCAGUCAGACCACAUUGGAGGAGAUAUUCCUCGAGUUUGCCAAGUACCAGCGCGAGGAUACGCGUGCCCAACAGUGAGCGCAUACAACACGCAUACUAGUUGUUGCUAAUCCUCCCCGUUGGCUUUUAUAACUUAUGGGUUUUUUUUUGAAUGCCUCAUCAGACCUAUUUCGAGAAUCAACGCCAUGCCACUCAUUUCUAUGUCUCAUGCAUCACCACUCAUCACGAAUGCACAGGAGCAGGAAACACUUUUGCCAUCCGCGAUCUUUCGUUGUAGUUUUCUUGUAGUUAUUUUAGUAGUGUCUAAUCCCAAUACUCCUCUCCCCCCCAUAUCUUUAUUGACACAAACCAACCAACCAACCAACCAACCAAACAGCAGCUAACUUUUCCGCAUGGCUUGUAGACCUAUCUUCAAUUCUGCAAUCUGCUAUCUCUUAUCCUAUAUCGAUGUCCAUAUUGCUAAUGCUAAUGUAUGACUAUGUAACGUUUUUGUUCCUUCCCCCCCUGAAAAAAGCAGCCAAGGCCACCUCUCAAAGUUGAGAAAACUAUGCAAAUCCCUUCUAGAUAAUGAGUAUUGAAUGAAACCAACUACCUAAACGGAUCUAAUCGGAUCUUCUGUGACCUGAUGCCCGAAACACACACAAAAUAGUUUCUAAGACUCUAAACAAAAGAAACCCAGACAAAAGAUAAUGCAACGUGAAUGCCUUGUUACCUUGUGAUCUACUAGCGAAAUUACACACCUAAACAUAACAUAACAGAGAGAUCUACCAUAUAUAUAUAUACACACAUAUAUAUAUAUAUAUAUAUAUAUAUAUCGUAUAACGUAUAACGUAUAACGUAUCUGCCUGAAAUGCACGAUAAGUUCCAAAGAUUUUUACGUAUCAUUUUAUCAUUUUUAAUUUUUUUUUAUUUUUUUGUUGUUUUUGUUUCCAUUUUAUAUUUUGUAUCUUGUUCUGCCAUCAAAAGUAUUCUUCUUUAAGGUACACAAAAGAAUUGGCGCUUUACAUUUAUAGCUUUAAAAAAAAGUCAACUCGAUGUACUUUGAUGUAUUUUUAUUAUGAAUGUUUGUACUUACGAUUUCGGGGGCUAAAACCAAACUGUAAAUACUAUAGUUGCGAUUUUACUAUGGAACCUGAGCGAUAACAUUAAAUGUGUAAUAAACGGAAAUAAAUAUUUAA